AGCCUGAUUCUGUGAGUGGUGAACAGUGAGAAGCGAUGCUGUCUUGACUGUGGGCUAGCUAGCAGCAGACUGGUGGGUCUUCACAUCACAGAGAGGGGAGUGGUCUUUUGGACAGCUCAGACAUUUCCAUCAUUGACCGCAUCUGUUGUGGCUGAGCAGUUCUUACAAGCACAGUUGUAAUCCUGAUACCGCCUAACAUACAUGACAGCAGCAAGAAAGAGAGCUCAGCUAGUCCUUCUCAGCAGCUCACCUCGUCUGCAGACAUGAAUGACAUCAAGUUGGCUCUGCUGGGCAGCGAGGGAGCAGGGAAGUCAGCUGUUCUGGUAAGGUUCCUGACAAAACGUUUCAUUGGAGAGUAUGCCUCCAACGCCAACUCCUUAUACCGUAAAAGGCUCUCCAUCGAAGGAAGACUGUUACACUUGGAAGUAUUUGAUCCGUGUUCACAGAGUGGAGAGAGCAGAUGUAUCCUGGAAGAGCCGGUGGAGUGGGCCGAUGGAUUUAUCGUGGUGUACAACAUCAGUGACCGAACGUCCUUCCUCAACGCCCAAAACAUCCUAUGUCAGAUCAAAGAAGCCCGUGGAGAGAGCUGCAAGGGAGAGAUGGACAAGAUGGACAUCCCAAUCUGCCUGGUGGGGAACAAGCAGGACCUGUGCCACGCCCGUCAAGUGUUUGAGGAGGAGGGCCGUGCCUUGGCUCAGGAGCACAGAUGCCAUUUCCAGGAGGUUUCUGCAGCAGAGGACUACCUGGAGAUAUCCAACCUCUUCACCAAGCUCAUCCGCCACGUCAUGGAUCACCUGAAGUACCGGGCCGACCUCCGCCGCUACAGUGGCUCUAAGUCCAUGGCCAAGCUCAUCAACAAUGUCUUCGGCAAGAGGAGGAAAUCUGUCUGAAGGUGGGGUGCUCAUGUGGACGUUGAUGCUAUGUUUGAUCGGGAUGACUUGUGUUUAUAUAGAUAUGUUGUGGACGCCUAGGUUGUUGAUUCUGAUGAACACUUCUUGGGACAGAGACAGCUCUGUAAGUAUGAAUGACAUAUGUCCUAGUUCAGACUUUACAGUGGUGGAAAAAGUACCCAAAUGUCAUACUUGAGUAGAAGUAAAGAUACCUUAAUAGAAAAGUAAAAGUGAAAGUCACCCAGUAAAAUACUACUUGA